AUGCCAGCCCCAGCUCCAGCACCUCGCACACUGUACGAUAAGGUUUGGGACGACCAUGUCGUUCACCUUGUACACGAAGUUACGAGUCCCCAAGCCUUCGAAGGCCUCCGAACCGCUGGGCGGCCAGUACGCAGGCCCGAUUGUACAUUAGCCACCGUCGAUCACAAUGUUCCAACUAUCUCCCGCAAAAACUUUACUGACGUGAAAACUUUCAUCGACGAGCCAGAGUCCCGCGCUCAGUGUGUUGCACUUGAGGAAAAUGUCAAAGAGUUUGGCUUGACAUAUUUUGGGAUGUCAGACAGAAGACAAGGUAUUGUCCACAUCAUUGGUCCCGAGCAAGGAUUCACACUCCCUGGCACUACCUGUGUCUGUGGCGACUCACAUACCUCAACACAUGGGGCCUUCGGCUCGAUUGCCUUCGGGAUUGGCACUUCCGAAGUCGAGCACGUCCUUGCUACGCAAACUCUCUUGCAGAGGAAAUCAAAGAACAUGCGAAUAAAGGUCAAUGGAACCCUCCCUCCCGGUUGCGCUUCCAAAGAUGUUAUCUUGCACAUUAUCGGGAAAAUUGGGACAGCUGGAGGCACCGGUUGCGUCAUCGACAUGGAAGCCCGAAUGAGCGUUUGCAACAUGAGUAUCGAGGCUGGGGAAGAAUGGGAACGCGCCGUGGCAUAUUGGCGCACGCUUAAAUCGGACCAAGGCGCUAAGUUUGAUAUUGAAGUGAACAUACGCGCGGAAGAUAUCGUUCCUACCAUCACAUGGGGGACCUCGCCUCAGGAUGUCGUUCCGAUCACUGGAGUUGUCCCGGACCCUGCCUCCUUUACUGAUCCUAUUAAGAGAUCCGGCGCCGAACGGGCGCUGGCUUACAUGGGCCUCAUACCGCACACACCAAUGCAAGAUAUUGACGUCGACACGAUCUUCAUUGGCUCAUGCACUAACAGUCGCAUCGAGGAUUUGCGGAGUGCUGCUCAAGUCAUCAUCGCAGCCACUUCUGCUGAUCCAUCCAUCAAAGUUCCAGGCAACGUUCACGCCAUGAUUGUUCCCGGUUCUGGCCUCAUCAAACAACAGGCUGAGGCAGAGGGCCUGGAUGCUGUCUUCAAGCGUGUUGGCUUUGACUGGAGAGAGGCUGGCUGUUCGAUGUGCUUGGGUAUGAAUCCCGAUCAACUUUCACCUGGCGAGCGCUGUGCCAGUACGAGCAACCGAAACUUUGAAGGAAGACAAGGGGCGGGAGGCCGCACUCAUCUGAUGAGCCCUGCGAUGGCUGCCGCCGCUGCUCUCACCGGGAAGUUGACGGAUGUGCGCAUAUUCUUGAAGAAGGGGUCAAAUCUGGAUCAAACGAAGCUCAAAGUGACAAGCGCGUUCGAUUACCUCACGGAUGAGGUGCUACCCCCACCUAAGCCUGUGCCCCUCUCGGAUUCACCAGCGAACUCGACAGAAACUGAUUCUGUAUCAGUUGCCGCGACUUCGUCAGCCGUUCCCCCAUUCACCAUUGUCAAAGGUGUCUCUGCGCCACUGGACAUUGCCAACGUCGAUACCGAUAUGAUCAUCCCUAAACAAUUUCUCAAGACGCUAAAGCGUACUGGUUUAGGGGACGCCCUAUUCCAUACUUUAAGGAAGGAUCCAAAGACUGGUGAGGCAACGGAGUUUGUUCUCAAUCGAUCACCGUAUGACAAGGCGGUCAUUCUCGUGUGCACUGGGCCAAACUUUGGGUGCGGCAGCAGCCGUGAACACGCGCCGUGGAGUUUGAAUGACUUUGGUAUCCGAGCCGUGAUCGCCCCAUCCUUUGCUGAAAUCUUCAAGAGCAACAUGAUGCAGAAUGGCAUGCUUCCGGUCACCCUCCCACCUGAAGAGUGUAAGAAAAUAGCCGAUCAUGCCCGUUCCGGAAAGCAUCUCGAGGUCGAUCUCGAGAAAUGCGAAGUUCGACGCGAUGGUGAGGAACCCGCUAUCCCGUUCCAAGUGGAUUCCUUCAAGCGUCACUGUUUACUGAACGGUCUGGACGGUAUUGGUUUAACGUUGCAAAAGCAAGAGUUCAUCAAGAAAUUCGAGGAGAAACGGAGCGAGGUGUGGCCCUGGCUCGACGGCUUUGGGUAUGCCAAAGGUGGUGGACGAGUCCCCGAAGUCCCGGUAUCGAAAACAGGGAAGAAAUUCGACUGGUGA